AUACUUACUACUGCAUUUAAUCAUCAUGUCAGAAAUUUACUGUGGUGAGCCAGGCCUACUAUUUCUUCUAUUAUUAUGCGGAACUAUUGCGUUCUCUACUGCAGGUUGUAGGGAAAAAUAUACAGAGCGGACUCGACUCAAUUUCAUGGUUGACUAGAUCUCUUGGAAAGCAUUACACUGCAGGUGGAGGGAUGAGCCUCUUCCCUGUGAUUGGCACACACGUGCCGGAAGCAGCCAAUGGGGUGGAUACACCAGACUCCCCUGGAUCCUGCAGUGAGAAUGGCCCGCACACCUACACCCCUACUACCCCCUCGCAGCUCCUGAAGUUUGGGGGCAGGGUGCCAACGCCUGGGCACGGAUCCCUCGAUGGGACCCCUGGAGAGAUUGAGAACUGUGUGGAUGAAGAGAGAGCAUGCCAUGUACAAGAAGACCCCAUAGACACUCCUCACAACUACAUGUCCCAUUCGGACAAACAACACAAAGACACGCUCCUAGCACAGCCCUCCCGCCCCACUGCCACAUGCGCGGCAGACACAAACCCACACGCGGCCCCUCAAGACAUGUCCCUCACUGGACCCCUCCAAACAGAUGAGCCCCUAAAUGAUGUUCUGUCUAGAGACUCACAGCACACCGCCACCGCAACAGGCAUUCCAUCCAAAGACACAGCUCCACAGAGGGACACUCCCAGUGCAGACACACUUCAGUCAGAGACAGAACACACAGAGCCUUGUAACUGCUGUUCUGUAGAAACAGAGGAGGAGAAGCAGGAGGAGGAGAGUGAGGAGAAGCAUUCAGGAAACACCCAGGCUGAAGUCUCAGCUCAGCUUACAGAGGAGCCCUCAGCAGCAGCUCCCAGCCCAAGCUCUGCCCCAGCCAAGAGGAAUUCGUCAGACAGCAGCCCCUGCCCGCCCCACGUCAUGGCUCAGGUGCACGUGCGGAACGUCCCCGAGCGGGAGCGCAUCGUCCGGGGCAUGCAGGACAGCAAGAGUCUGGAUGAGAUCAGCCAGGCAUGCGGGGGAGGGGGCGGCGGCCGGGGGGGCCAACCAGAGGGCCGCAGGGCCACCAUCUCCUCUGCCCUGGAGCUGGAGGGAACAGUCAGCCACGACGGGGACCUGACCCACUUCAUCUGCCGCAACCUGGAGCAGAAGAUCAAGAUGAGCUCCAAGCCCAGCCUGGACUGUGACUGUGACUCGGACUGCUCGGGUUCCAUCAGUAGCAGAGGUCGGGGGUCGUCGUUGCGGCAGCCGGCAGACAUCCCUCCCAUCGACCCUGCUGUCCUGGUGGACCUACAGAGACACACUCAGGAUGUUGCCCACAGUGUGGAGCUGAUGAUGCGGAGCCUCAACGGAACCAUCCAGAAUAUGACAGCGCUGAGUGUGGGAUACAUCCAAACCUACAGAGACUCAGUGGACAGCCUGGGGGAGUCUGUUGACAUGAGCAUAAAGGGAAUGUACACGCUGAUGGCRCGCUGUGAGGAGCUUGAUCGUUCCAUGCAGCCUAUCCACACCCUGGCUGCCCAGAUCCGUGACAUCAAGCGUACCCUGGAUGCCCUGGAAGCUGUCUGCAAGUAGCCCCUCCACCCUAGAGACCCUCGUCCACUGCAGACACUUUGCUAACCUAAUGACCCCCUUCCUCCCUGGAAUUACUGCUACUAAUCAUGCCAGCUUCGUGAUGAUCUACAUUACCCCCCUCUCCUCCCCCCUCCCCCAUGGAGAUGACCUACUGCAAACCCCUCCCCACCCCUGAGAUCCUCGCUCGGCUAGGAGCCCUCCACCUGACAGAACUUGAAGGAAACGGAACACUUAAUGUAUUCCCGUCCGACCCACCUGGUUCAGAUUGCACUAACUGUUGCUGGCCACACGGUGGCACUCUCUCCCUUAAGUUAUCAUUACUUAUUGUGCAUCUAUUACUUUUAUUAUUUAGGGUUUUUAAUUUUCUAUUAUUUCUCAGUUUUCUUUCUCUGUAUUGUCGGGAAGGGCCUGUUGUUUAUGAAGCAUGUGCCGAAUAAGGUCUGAUUUGUAAGGAGCAUGAGCUUUAGGAACGGUUGUGAUAAGAUUUAGAUGUUAGUCACUUCUUAGGCAGGUUCCUGAAACUGCCUGUGGCAGGUUUUAAUAGUAACAUGAGACAGGUGAAGGUGUGGGGGUACAUAUUAUAUUGUAUAAAGGGCAGUCCCCCCAUGUUAUAUACCUGUUAGUUAACAGGCUGUUACCAACCAAAAGCCAUUCCCUGUAAAGCUCUCCUCUGUGUUCCCUGGAUAGUAUGUUGUGCUUUAGGAGACUGUAGGACCUUUUGUCAUGUCACAGGUUGGCUGGUAGGUAGGCCUGUCUCAACUUGUAACAUAUCUAUUUGGCUUAAAUUGUGUUGCCAUGGUGAGAGGUUCUGGACAGCCGUUACAUGUAACAUGCUCUUACAGGACUUGUAUGCUACCAGAUGUCGUCAGACCUGCUGAAGCCCCACCUAGAUAAGGCAGCACCCGCACACUGGAUAUAAAAGGGGAUGGGCUGUAGGACUAUAGACUUUGGGGGGGACGCAUGUUUGUCUGGGGAGAGAGGGACGGCCUCCUCUAACUGCUCUUAAUAAUAUCUCUGUACAAUCAGAAGCACCUUUGUACAUAUWUCUUUCUGUAACAAAAAAAUGAUUUAUCUACCCUUUGUCCUAAGUGUAUAUUUUAAGAAAAAUAACACAUUUACAUGAGCUGCAAA